AAUAUUGUAUUACUACAUGGUACUGUACAGCUACUAACGGGCGCAAUUGGGUUCUGUGCAGACGCUGCUUUGCUGGCGCACAUGUAUGAUAAUGUUGAGCCGAACCCGUGAGUUAUUAGACAGAGCCAAGGAAAGAGUUGCGAUGUUGGAGGUGAAUAUAUCCAACUUUGAGCAAGGAGAAUCAACGGCUCAAAGGGGGCGCCAGACAGAACUCGAGAGGAUGAGUUGGCAAAGGAGUGAAAACUACAUUACUUUGUCUAAGACCGCAGGCGGACUUUGGUUCCGUAAGGUGUCUUUGAUCCAGAUACAUGGUCCAUAACUCCUCCCCGCUGUGUUCUUUCGAUCUGCGGGGUUCAGGCACCUGGAGCGCUACUCACUUAUAACCUGCAUGUCAAUGGUCUUCUGCGCCCAAAGGGGGCCAGACAGCCAAAGAGAGAGCAGGAGGAAAAGGGGGGUAGAGGACAAGAUGGAGGGCAAGAGCAAACCCUCCAGACAAG